AGGAUCCUAACUCACUUCACUUUCAGCAGAUGCUCCCUGGACAUCCGUAACCAGACUCAGUCUUCAUACAAAACCCACAAUGCCUCCAUGUGACUUCACCCCCGAAAGAUACCAGUCCCUUACCUACAACCGCGUCCUGCAGAUCCACAAGCAACACCUUUCUCCAGUGGUGACGGCGUACUUCCAGGAGCCCUUGCUUCUCCACCAGGGGCACAUGCAGUGGCUGUUUGAUUCUGAAGGAAACAGAUACCUGGAUUUCUUUUCCGGGAUUGUCACUGUCAGUGUUGGUCAUUGCCACCCAAAGGUAAACGCAGUGGCACAAAAGCAGCUCAGCCGCCUGUGGCACACAAGUUCUGUCUUCUUCCACCCUCCAAUCCAUGAAUAUGCAGAGAAGCUUUCAGCACUUCUUCCUGAGCCUCUUAAGGUCAUUUUCAUGACAAACAGCGGCUCAGAAGCCAACGACCUGGCCAUGCUGAUGGCGAGAGCACACUCAAGUCAUACAGACAUCAUUUCCUUCAGAGGAGCCUACCACGGAAGCAGUCCUUACACACUUGGCUUAACAAACGUAGGGACCUUCAGGAUGGAACUCCCCAGUGGGAUGGGUUGCCAAUCAACAAUGUGCCCAGAUGUUUUCCGUGGCCCUUGGGGAGGAAGCCACUGUCGAGAUUCUCCAGUGCAAACCAUUAGGCAAUGCAGCUGUGCACCAGACUGCUGCCAAGCUAAAGAUCAGUAUAUUGAACAGUUCAAAGAUACUCUGAGCACUUCUGUUGCCAAGUCAAUUGCUGGAUUCUUUGCGGAACCAAUUCAAGGCGUGAAUGGAGUUGUCCAGUACCCAAAGGGUUUUCUAAAGGAAGCCUUCGAGCUGGUGCGAGAGAGGGGAGGCGUGUGCAUUGCAGAUGAGGUGCAGACAGGAUUUGGAAGGUUGGGUUCUCAUUUCUGGGGCUUCCAAACCCACGACGUCCUGCCUGACAUUGUCACCAUGGCUAAAGGGAUUGGGAAUGGCUUUCCCAUGGCAGCAGUUGUAACCACUCCAGAGAUUGCCAAGUCAUUGGCUCAAUGCGUGAAUCACUUCAACACCUUUGGAGGGAACCCCAUGGCCUGCGCCAUUGGAUCUGCUGUGCUUGAGGUGAUUAAAGAAGAAAAUCUCCAGGAAAACAGUCAAGAAGUUGGUACCUACAUGUUACUGAAGUUUGCUAGGCUGAGGGAUGAGUUUGAAAUUGUUGGAGACGUCCGAGGCAAAGGCCUCAUGAUAGGAAUAGAAAUGGUGCAGGACAAGACGAGUCGCCAGCCUCUUCCCCGUGAAGAAGUAAAUCAAAUCCAUGAGGACUGCAAGCACAUGGGGCUCCUCAUUGGCAGAGGUGGCAUUUUUUCCCAGACGUUCCGCAUUGCGCCCUCGAUGUGCGUCACUAAACCAGAUGUUGAUUUUGCAGUGGAAGUAUUGCGUUCUGCCUUAACCCAACACAUGGAGAGAAGAGCUAAGUAAAAUUUUUAGAAAUAAAAAACCACAGCCUCAAGAACUUCCCACUUGUGUUCAAAAGUAAAUUUGAGGAAUUUCAGAACCACCGAGAUUCAGAGAAAACCUGCAGCUCUCUAUGGUAGUUGUAAAAACAUGGGUGGCUGCCCACAAGCCGUACUUGUUAGCAGAGUCCCCUGUUAUCCUGAGAACAUCAUCCUCAGGGAAAGGACCUAAUUAAUCUAGAUAAGUUAUGGUGAUUUGAUUCCCAUUUGCAGCAAUUCAUUUAUGCAUGAAUAUGUGACAUAUUUUUGGCCAAUGCAUCCUGAAGAAAGAUCUUUUGGUGGAGGUGCCUUCAGGGAAAUGUUUCUUCACCUUUCACACUUCAGCUCAGGAAGAGAUGACUUCUUACACUGAAAACAUCAUAUGUCAUGAUGGGAUUCCUGCAACAUGUCUGCCAUCUUGCAGCCUUGAGGACAAAGUCUUUUUGCUGAGACUGGAAGGUGGACAGAAGCUGAGUGCUUAGUGACAUCAGUGAACCACUGACUUAACCAGUGCCAGAGCCAUCCUACCUCGGGGCUUCUUGAUAUAUAAGAAAAUAAAUUCACUGUACUG